AUGGCAUCUGCUUCCUCCCCCACUCUCUCCUCGUCCGCCGCUCCUCUUGCCCAAUCGCCUCUUGCAUCUCGCCCCACCUCGUAUGACUUUGUCAUUGUAGGUGCGGGAGUGGUGGGGUCAGCCCUCGCAUUUUCGCUCGCUCGCUCGGGGCGGACAGUCUGCUUGCUCGAGCGUGACCUCUCCAAGCCGGAUCGCAUCGUCGGCGAGCUUCUGCAGCCCGGAGGGGUACGAGCCCUGUCCUUGCUCGGCCUCGGCGACUGCCUAGAAGGAAUCGACGCCAUCCCUGUCGAGGGGUACCAAGUCUUCUACGGGCCUCGAAGCGUGCCCAUUGGCUAUCCAGUCGAAGACGAGUCGGAAAAGGGGCUAGGCGUGGAAAGCGUCACGGGCAAGGUAGAAGGCAGAAGUUUCCACCAUGGCAACUUCGUUGAUGCUCUUAGGAAAAGAGCCCUCGCUCAGCCAGGCGUGACUCUCAUCGAAGCCACCGUCAAGGACAUCGUCACAAACGCUUCCGGCGUCAUCGCAGGUGUCAUCGCCACGGAAAAGCAGUCCUCGUCCUCGGCUGCGCCCUCCACCUUACGCAUCGAAGGUUCAGUCACAGUGGUAGCAGACGGCUGUUUUUCCAAGUUUCGCAAGACUCAUGGCUCCUCCAUCGCUCCCACCGUCCGGUCCAACUUCGUCGCUCUCGAGCUAAUCCACGCUCCGCUACCGGCGCCAUACCAUGGCCACGUCGUACUCUCGCCGUCCGGUCCGAUUCUCCUCUAUCAGAUCAGCACUGAGCACACGAGGAUCUUGAUUGAUGUGCCAGGAGAGAAAUUGCCUUCUGUAUCGAAGGGUGAGUUGCAAGCCCACAUCCGCGACAAGGUCAUCCCCUCCCUCCCUGAAAAACUGAGACCUUGCGUCUCGAAGACUCUUGAAAGUGGACAACGGCUGCGAUCCAUGCCAAAUUCGUUCCUACCGCCUUCCAUGCAAGGCCAGACUGAAAACAGGAAGGGAGUCAUCGUCGUUGGCGAUGCGAUGAACAUGCGUCACCCUCUGACUGGAGGAGGGAUGUCUGUGGGACUGUGGGACUGUGUCCAUCUCACCCGAGCACUGGGUGGAGCACGUUGGUCCCCACCUCUGCUCGCGUCGGAGCAAUCUCAACCAAAGGACGUGACGGCCUCCGCUCCGGUUGAUCUUCACGCCUGGUCCCACUCCAUUAGGCCAGCUCUCCGCUCGUGGCACUGGUCUCGCAAACCGCUGGCAUCCGUUAUCAACAUCCUGGCUCAGGCCCUUUACUCGCUCUUUGGUGCUGACGACGAAGCACUCGCUGUCCUUCGAGAAGGGUGUUUCAAGUAUUUCGAGAUGGGCGGAGAAUGCGUUGCUGGGCCUGUGGGUCUCCUGAGCGGACUCAGACCCCGUCCAACGUUACUGGUCUAUCACUUCUUCAAGGUGGCCCUGUUCUCCAUCUGGUGCCUCUUUGCCCAUCCCAGGGCGUACGCCUCCCGCAACGGCGAGAUAGUCAGGAAGCCGGGAAUAGCUGAGUAUCCCUCGCUGGCGUUCAAGAGUCUACUCGUCUUCUACACGGCAUGCGUCGUCAUCUUACCGGUCAUCUGGACAGAGCUCAAGGCCAAUGCACCCACAUUCGAAGACGUAACAUCGUCAUCAGCGUUGGACGCUUCGCUGCGCGGCUCAGACGGUCUCAAUGACGGGGCAUUCCAUGAUCUUCUCGACCGAGUCAACUCCUCCCUCCGGCAUACUCGUAAGAGUGGCUACAUGAAUUACCUGCCUCUGCCGAAGAGGUACUUGGCAUAA